UAACAGUUUAGGAUUUGUUGAGUAUCUUUUUUCGGGUCUUGUUGCUUCGAGUUUUCUUGAAUUUGCCACUUAGUACCAUCAGUGCUGAAGGCAUUCAAGUUAGCUUUAUAACCAUUUCUUCCAUCAUCUUAUCGACUUAUCGUCCUUUUCUCUUUCUCCGGUUACUCUGUCGUAUAUUGCGUACUUUUUCUAAGUGUGUUAAUUUUCUAUUUCAAUUAAUUGUUUUAAAAUUAACAUACUUAUGUCCAGUUCGUGGCUCCAGUGAUUUAUAACUUUUAAAAAUUUAAAUCCGUAUUGGUUAUUUCCCUUUUGUUUAAAGGCCGACCACUCCUUGUCAUCAAGAUUAAAAGAGCAGACGAACAAACGACCUGAUCAUUACACAAAAUUGACCAGAAAUGGCAACUUUGUUCAUCGUUUUGCUGUUAUUUCCACACGUAUGUUUUGUUUUUGCAGAAUCGUAUUUUUCCUGCCGUAAGCUCGAUUUGUGCAGCUGCGAGCUAGACGAUGGCAAAGUAGUGAAUUUACACCGGGCAGCAGGUGCUUCAGACGGAAAGCCUUUAUUUAUGUUUAGGGCCAAUGCUACCAUCUACACAUUCAGCCCCUGUUCCGCUAAACCAUGCAGAUACAACGCCGAAGCAGAAAGCAUUGUGGAUGACUCGGUGAUUUGCUUGGAACCAAACACUUCGAUUGCGUCCGCAUCCACAUCAGUUUUCCAAGCAGCUUCUAAUGGCAUAAUUCUGUUGUACUCUGGCUCGCAUGCAGGUGCAACCACAAGUCAGGUACUUCUGACAUGCAGCAAAGAAGAACAAUUUGUGCUGACAAAAAAUACAAGUGAUGCAUACUUCUUUACAUUGUACACAGCCUGUGCUUGCCCAGGAACAUGUGUUGACACAGUGCCCAACCUCAGUCCUGGCACCAUCCUCAUCUUAAUUUUCUUUUCCUUCUGCCUUCUUUACUUUGGAAUUGGUUGCAUUUACAAGAGAACCCUGCAUGGUGCUAUAGGCAGUGAGAUGCUUCCUCACAGAGAUUUCUGGUGUUCAUUGCCAGGACUCAUACGAGAUGGUUAUUUAUUUUUUAUAAGCCCUUGCUUAGGCAGCAGGGCAGUGUAUGAGGCUUAUAAUAAACUUUAAAAGAUAGUAAAAGCAAGAUUAAUCAAGUAGUAGUUUAGUUUAUUCCCUUGCUACUUCUCGAGGAACAUAGGGCCGCAGCAACACCUCUCCACUGGACCUGGUUCUGGGCAGCGCCCUUUAAUUGUGCCUAUGUAGUUCCAGCAUCUUUUGCCUAGCUCUCUGCUGACUUUAUCCCGCUCUCUUUUUGUCUCCCAAACUCUCAAUUAUUGAAGAAAGGCUCGCAAAACUAAUUGCUGUCAGUAACCUGUCAGGCUGCAGAUAGUAAAUUCAGCAAUAGAAGGUACAUUCUUAUUAUAUCUGUAAUCAUUUUCCAGAUAGUCUUGAGCAGUUUGGUGGUGCAAUGGUUAGUGCCUGUCACCAGUACAAUGAAGUUUGGCUGUCCUGGGUUCAGCUGUCAUCUUGGGCAUGCUGUUCUUUCUAAGCAUCUGUUUACAGGGCUGUCUGCCUUGCCUUAGUUGCAGGCACUUCGUAAAACACCAGUUUCCCACCCGCCCAUCCCACAGAUAGUUUUCUUGUCACUAUUCCAAGGAACAGAUAUCACUUGGGAUAGCAUACCUGCCAGUCCAAUAUAUCAUCAAAACGGGCAUUAUUUUAUUGGCAAUGCCACUAGUCAUAUGCAAAUGCUUUAUUUCACAUAUUAUCUUACUGUUCUUACAUUUCCAUUUUACUGUUGUGUGUUUAUGGUAUUGAUGUCUAUUUUUAACAUUGCCAAUCAAAUAUUUUGUAGUUUUAUACUUUUUUUUUUACUUACACUUGAUGUGAAUGCUUUACACUUCAAACUUUGACAUGGAUAUUCUAACAGUAACAAUGUAUCAGUAUUGUUCAUAUUUCAAGUUCAUUAGUCCCUGGUAUAACUUGUUCCUUUUAAAUAACUUGAUUCACUGCAUUUCCAUUGUAGUAGUCAUCAGUAUAUCUGGCUUCAGGGCAGCAACCUUUCUCAGCAAUUUGUGUCACUUGCAGCAGUCCCACCUGUAAUUUGUUGUGUGCCCAGGUAUGCUUGAUUCUAGAAAUGUAGUUUGCAAAGUUUUGAAUCUCAGCGAUUGUGUUCUUGUCUCCAGGAUGGCUGUUAUUUUAAAUUCUUAUGUAACCAUCUGUAAAAAUCAGAUGUCCCUUGAAUGUAGUGUUGUACAGUUUAUCUUGAUUUCUGAUGACAUUCCUUUUGCCUACCACUCUACAUCCAGAAAUAUUUGAUAUACAAAAAUGAAACAAAAUUAUCUAUUGUAUCUGUUCAAUUUGUCAUAUUUGAUUCAUGUAUUAUAAAUGCCAAGGAAGUGGAUUAGCCAAGAUGUAGAACACUGAGAUCCAAACCAAGAGGCGCACUGGGUUCAUUAACAUCCCCUAGUCGACCCAGCUGUAUGUGCCUCUCUAGUGGUUUGUGGAAAGAAGGGCGGCGAUGGAGAGGAAACAGGCACUCUUCUCACAUAGAGCUAGCCCUGAGGUCUCUAACAUAUCACUCUCCAACAAACUUUAAAAAAAAGAGAGUAAGAAGACGACCUUUACCUAUACAUGUCUGUGAUGUUAAUUUUCCUUUUACUGGUGUGCACUUCUUUUGGUAUGUAUUAUCUGCUCAUGUUUAUGUCAUUUAUGCAUAUAAGUUUUGCAAAGGCAGCAGGCAUUAACCAUACUUUCUUAAUGGCAAUAGAGGCAUUUAUCUGGCCAUAUUUUUCUUUUUACUGGUGUAAAUGUGCUAGAUGAUAAUCUGUCAGAGCCGGAUGUCAAAAUAGCUUUUCUUGCUGGUUCUGAUACUAAAGUGUUUUUUACUGUUUCUCACUUUGUCCUUCACACUAAAUCUAUGCAUGGCUUCAGUUAGCUCAAAAGCUGAAAAACUGAAGUAAUCAAAACAGAUGUUUUAUCUGUGUUCUGUAUGUUUACAACGGUUUCAGUUUCAGUGGCAAGAAUAAUUUAUAAAACUGUAUUCUUCUCUAAGCAGUUUUCUUUUGCAAUGUCAGAAGUCCAACAAAAGUGUGUGGUACCAGUUUUAUGUUUACAAAAUUUACAAAUAUUUGUGAUAUAUUUAACAUUUUUGCAUUUAAUUUUUUUAUUGUGGCUGCAUCUUGAUUUUAAUGAUUGAAAAGUACCAUUGUGCAAUUUUUUUGUAGUACAAUAAGCUUAUUUUUAUACUUAAAUUUUACAUUUAUUGGCUUUUUAUAUUUUGCUAAUUAAA